AUGGCCGCUUGCGCCCUCGCCUCAUCCCGCGUCCGGGACGGCGCUCUCGUCUCUCCGGAGCGUUACACCACUGACCUGCUGAUCUUGCCACCCGAAGACUUUUACGCCGCCGCCGAGGACGCGUUACCGGCCGACCCCAUCGACGCGCACGACUUCAACUACAUCGAGCAGAUGCGCAAGUAUAUCGGCACAUAUUUCACCAUCCUAUCGAUAAGGCAGUGGCACGAUGAAACGAACUGGCCGAGCGGGCUCUCGGCUAUCGAAAGGGAGGAGAUGCGGCGACUGUAUUGGUCCAUAUAUACCCUAGACAUCUACUCCUCCACCGUAUGGGGCGGAUGUUUCCACUUCCAAGAGGCCCACGCCCGCGUCGACACCUCUCCGGACCGGGACGCAGAAUGGCUCGUCGGCUGGAACUUCACCACGGAUCUAUACCGCAUCCUCGAGCACGCGCUCAGCCGGCUCCGCACCCAGCACUCCCGGUUCAACCUCUUCCGCAGCGAAGAAGCCAUCACCACCAAUUCGCCGGCCGGCGGCGCCAUGGGCUCCGCCAACCGGUACAUCCUGCAGCGCGUCGACAGCUUGUACACCACCCUGCCGCCCAUCUUCAAGGAACUCCGCCCCGCCACCGGCAACAUCGCCACCGACAUCUACGGCUUCCAGGCCGCCAACAUCAAGCCACCCUCGCCCUGCUCAGGAUGUCGCCGCCGACCUGAAAAGAAGUGCGCCGUGGCCGAGGAUAUCCUCACCAUUUUCGACCACGUGCCCGAAUCUUUCCAGAGGGCCAUCAGCACCCCGCUCAUUUAUCACCUUGCCGGCAUCGGCAACAUCCUGGGAUCCGUCAUGGAGGGGCCUCUCUCCGAGACGUCGUACCAGCGGGCUAGAGGCAUUUUGCGGCGGCGGGCGGGUGCUGGAAAGCACUUGCGAGAGCUGGUGGAGAGGAUUGAUGUCUACAUGGCAUCGCGAAGGGAGCCGCCACCCGCGGCCCAUAUACCACCGCCUUUAGACAACAGGAUGGAUAGUAGGGCUCAUCCGCCGGUUGCUGAGGUCAACACCGGCGUCAUUGAUAACCUGUCGCCCAUGUUCCAGCUACCAGAUGAACUACUCCAGGACUGGAACUGGCCAUCCAUGCUUCUAUCAGACACCCAGCAAGCAUAUCUAUAA